AUGUCCCAAUGGCUACAGCGACACACUUCUGCCACCGUCCAGCUUGGACUGGCAGCGGCGGCGGGUGCUCUCGCAGCGAGCUCGGUCAUCUUCACUGCGACGGCUAUCCACCGUCGACGCGCGACCAAAGAGCUCAAAGACUCGAUCCCCGACAUCUCGCCCGAUCAUCAUGCGAUACCCUUGACCGAGUAUGGCGGACCCGUCCGGGAGACGAUGACGAGCAAGGAAGAUGAAAGAGCAGCAAAGAUCGCGGCGCGGGCGCGGAAGGGUGACUACGACGAGGAGCUGAUCCUCGAACAAUUGGCGCGCAACAGAGUAUUUCUGAAAGACGAAGGAUUGGCGAAAUUGCGCGACUCGUUCGUCGUGGUCGUCGGUCUUGGAGGGGUCGGCAGUCAUUGCGUCGCAGCUUUGGCUAGGAGCGGUGUGUCUCGGAUCCGCAUCAUCGAUUUCGACCAGGUCACGCUGAGCAGUUUGAAUCGACAUGCUUUAGCAACGCUCGCAGAUGUCGGGACGCCAAAGGUGUAUUGCGUGAGACGGCGACUUGAGCAGAUCUGCCCAUGGGUAAGGAUCGACUGUCGGAUUGAAUUGCUGAGCUCGGAGUCCACAGAGGCGCUGUUGAGCAGUUGGGACUAUGAACUGCGCGACGAUGAGGAUCGCAGAGAGCCGGAUUGGGUCGUGGAUGCCAUCGACAACAUCGACUCGAAAGUCGGAUUGUUGCAGUACUGUGCCAUCAACGGCAUCAAAGUCAUCAGCGCAAUGGGAGCAGGAUGUAAGAGCGACCCGACACGAAUACAAGUUGGGGACAUCUCAACCAGCGUCGAGGACCCUCUGUCCAAAGCUACCAGACGUCGACUGAGAGUGAAGGGAAUCAAAGAUGGGAUCCCUGUGGUCUUUUCCACCGAGAAACCUGGCGAAGGCAAAGCCCAGCUGUUGCCUAUCGCGGAUGAAGAGGUGGAGAAGGGCAGUGUCGACAAACUCGGGGUUCUUCCGGAGUUUCGAGUCAGGAUCCUGCCCGUGCUCGGGACGAUGCCUGCAGUGUUUGGAUAUACGGUCGCCAACCAUGUCAUCUGCAGCAUAGCCGGAUACCCUAUCGACUAUCGGAUUGGAGAUAAGGGAAGGGACAAGAUGUACGAGGGCAUGCUCUCGGCCUUGCAAGGCUUGGAAGAACGGCUGGUCCGAACAACAGAUGGACAGGACACGGUUGGUCUGCGCAUCCCCAUCAGCAGAGAUGACGUGGCAUACCUUGUCGACGAGGUGUUCCGUGGCAAGAGUGUCAUCAGUGGUCUGCCAACUCGUUUGGCUCUCAUCCGGUGGCGCAAGCCUCGCGGCGGGUUCAGGAUCGACCCAGAAUACCUCCCUGAAGGCCAAAAGAUGGUCAAGCUCUCUCUCACGGACCUGGUGGUCAUGACCAAAGAGGAAGCUCAGAGACAUGAGAAGCAGGUGCUCAUAGGCUAUGCCGCGCCUGAGGACAUUUACGACACCAGCGUCCUGUCCCAGGUCAAGAAGCGCCAUGAUGAAGAGAGAGCAUACGACAGGUACAGGCGAUGA